AUGAUUCCCUCGCCGCUCGUCCUGUCGAUCCUCGGCGCCGCCUUCUUCGCCGCACUUCCCGCCGUCCACGCCGAGCCCAACGGCCGUCGCGCCAUCGCCCGCGCCGACGACGGCUACUCGGGCGCUCGUCGUCACCUCACCCGUCGCCGCCGGGACCUCUCGACCUCGGCGCACUCGGCCGCCAUCGCCUCGCGCCAGGUCCACAACCCGCGCGACGCGCUCGAGCGGUGGGAGAAGCGCGACGAGAUCGAGCUGGCUCGCAGGGCGACGCCGAGUAACUCGGUCGCCGUCUGCCUUGGCUCGGUCGCAGGAUAUGGUCAGUGCGGCGGGCAGGGCUGGACGUCGGACACGUGCUGCGUCGCAGGGUACACCUGCGUCUACUCGAACGACUACUACUCGCAAUGCCUCCCUUCGCCGUCCUCCUCCGCAGCCAAGGCGUCGGCGACGAGCUCGAGCAGCGCACCUGCAGCGACGAGCACGGCCUCGGCGUACGGCCAGUGCGGCGGGAUCGGCUUCGCGCCCAUGCUCUGCCCGGCGUCCUUCUCGUGCCAGUACGUCAACGACUACUACAGCCAGUGCCUCGUACAAGCCGCCACGACCCAGGCGACGUCGACCACAUCGACCAAGGCGUCGUCUACCUCGACUGCGCCGCUCGCGACUGCGACCGCAAUGGGUCAGUGCGGCGGUCUCGGCGCGCCGACGCGGCUCUGCCCGGCCGGUUACGUGUGCGACACGACGAACGCCCUGUACAACCAGUGCAUCCCGGCCCCGUCAUCGUCGUCGACCAAGGCGUCGACGAGCUCGACCACCGCGUCGGCGCCCCUCUCGACCGUCCUCCCGUACGCGCAGUGCGGUGGAGGCUCGGCCCCGCUCGCCCUCUGCCCCGCCGGCUGGAGGUGCGACGCGACGAACCCGUACUACUACCAGUGCGUGCCUCAAGACGUCUACACGUCCUCGUCGUCGACCGUGGCCGCCUCGUCCGCCUCGGCCCAGGUCCCGCCCGCCUCGUCGUCGACCAAGGCCAGCUCCACGGCCGCACCAGUCGUUCCGUCGACCUCGACGACCCCGAUCGUCGCAACGCCGUCGUCGUCCUCGUCGCCGUCGAGCGUCGCGACCGCGCCGACUUCGAUCCAGACCGCGCAACCUUACGGGCCCUGUGGCGGGCAAGGCGUGCCUGUCGCGCUGUGCCCGGCCACCUACUUCUGCGCCGUCAUCAACUCGUACUACGCGCAGUGCUUGCCCGUCACGGCGUCGACCUUGUCGCUUGCGACCGCCCCGACGACCACGGCCACCUCGUUCUCGACCGUCACUCGCGCCUCGUCCUCGUCGAUCAGCUCGACCUCCUCGGCGCCAUCGGCGUCGGCUUCGGUCAACACGUGCCCGAUCUCGAAUGCGUGGGCCCAGUGCGACAGCGUCCUGUGGCUCUCGAAGGCCUGCUGCCCGACCAACUACUACUGCUCGUACCAGAGCAUGUUCUACUCGCAAUGCGUUCCCGGCACGGGCUCGACCACGAGUGCGGCCAUGAGCAGCACGAGCGCGAGCAGCACGUCCAAGGCGGCCUCGUCCACGUCGUCGUCGGCUACGCCGAGCGCGACGCCUUCCCAGAUCUGCAACCCGAACUCGAGCGGCUCGGACGGCUGCACGCCUUACACCGUGUCGUGGUCCGGCGUCACCCUCCCGUCGCCCAAGGUCUUCACCGAUGGCGGACACGUCAACUACCAAGCCGUGCCCAAGUCGCAGUACAAGCCAGGGCAGACUUACCUCACGAGCGGCAACGGCUGGACCCCGCAGAGCUUUGGCGUUCACUUCGAGUCGCUCAACAACCAGCCGUCGGGCGUCUACAUCGGUCGCAACUUCUACGACUGGAGCCUCGCCGCCAAGGCGUUCCCGUCCGGCUACUGCAUCACAUGGGUCCAGGUCGACAUCUACAACCAGCACUUUGGCGAGGGCGGCCAGGCACCCAUCUGCACUCCUUGAGCGUCGUCACGAGCCCGCCUUCGCGCCCUCCGAGGCGCUGUAUCCUCUUCCCCUCCCCUCCCUCGUCCAUACCCCUCUCUAGUCGUCCGUCCGCCGCAUACCUUAUACCUGUAGACUACCUGUAGCCUAUGCCGUGUGCCGGCACCGGCCCUGUAUCGCUCGCCGUGCCUUUCACCUGA